AUGAGCAUAUUCUCCCUCCUCUGCUGCUUGCGGAACUCCCAUCACGACUCUCACAGCAACGGUGCCGCAGGCGGCUCUGCGAAGUCUGGAGCAGCAAAGGCCUCGGCGCCGGAACCUUAUAGCGAUGCGCAUGCGAAGCAGCUCUUCGCGACAUACCAGGAUCCGGAUACUCCAGGGGAGAUAGGCCCUGAAGGGUUCGAGAAGCUCUGCACGGACCUGGACAUAUCUUUGGAAGGCGCGCUACCGCUCGUACUGGCGUGGCAGCUCAAUGGAUCGGAGAUGGCGAAGUUCACCGAGGAGGAGUGGGUGAAAGGCACGAGCGAGCUUCGAGUUUCGAACCUCCUGACCUUGUCCCUGGCCGUCCGGGACCUGGAAGACCUUCUCCUCCUUGACAAGCCGCCCAUACAGCCGCCGUCCAGCGCCAGCGUGUCUGCAAAGAAGAAGAGCACCGCGGUUUCCGUUCCCAACCCAACUGAGCCGUACAAUAAACAAAGGUACUACCAGUAUGCCGCUUCCAAGGACAAGGCAUUCUCGGAACUUUAUACGUUCUGCUUUACCCUAGCGAAGCCUCCUGGGGGAAGGAAUAUUGACAUGGACACCGCGAACGCGUUCUGGUCUGUGCUGGUGGUCCCUAGGUAUCCCAUCAUGAGCGAUAUCUUGGCGUUCAUUUCGGAGAAAGGGACGUACAAGGGAGUCAAUAAAGACUUGUGGAAUAUGACGCUGGAGUUCUGCCGCACAGUACAGCCGGAUCUGUCGAACUAUGAGGCUGACGGCGCAUGGCCUACAAUGUUGGAUGACUUCGUCUCGUGGAAGAGGGCCUCUGGCCCCGGGCCCGCAGCCCACACGGAAGAACAUGACAUCGAAGUUGUUUGA